AGGAAAAGAAUCUGCAUGUACCACUUACACUUUGGAAAACAUCCAGAGAAAGGCGAAAAAAAGGAGUCUGCUGCGGAAAUAAGCACAACAAGCGUCCACCUGUUGUCAUCAGGACAAGCAGCCAUGGCGACCAUGGUGAUGGAAAGCAUUGGGCGAGUGUUCAUCAGCCGGCAGCAGAUCCGGCAGGUACCCCGACUGCUGACCGAGGCGGCGCCCUCCAUGCCCGGCACUGUCACAGACUCCGAGGUUCCUGCCUACUUCAGGGAACGCUACGUCUCCACGGGUUAUAGACCGCUCAAGCAGAACUGGCGCUACUACUUCCUGUCACUGUUCCAGCGCCAUAACGAGACCCUAAAUGUCUGGACUCACCUGCUUGCCUUUUUAUUGCUUCUAGUUAAGCUUCGCCAGCUUGCAGACACGGUGGAUUUUGUCAAUGACCGUCAUUCGUGGCCCUUGCUCAUCCUCGUGCUGUCUUCCCUGACUUACUCAGGAUUCAGUGUAUUAGCCCACCUGCUGGGUGGAAAAUCUGAGCUGUGUCACCACUUGUUCUACUUUCUCGACUAUGUUGGGGUAGCGCAGUACCAGUACGGCAGUGCUGUGGUUCACUUUUACUAUGCAGUAGAUGAGACCAUGCACAGAAGCAUGCAAGGACUUUUUAUGCCUACUGCCACCAUCUUUAGCUGUCUGUCUUGUCUAGGAUGUUGCUAUGGGAAAUACUGCAACCACACACAACCUUGUUGGGUGCGUAAGGUGUGCCAGGUAGUCCCCUCAGCGCUGGCCUAUAUGUGGGAUAACAGCCCCGUAGCUAAGAGACUCUUGCUGUGGUCCAACGAUGAUCUGGCGGUCGCCUACCAUUUCGGUCAGGUGGCGUUCUUUCUCAGCUGCUCUUUCUUCUUCACCUUCCCCCUGCUGGAGCGCUACCUCCCUGGACGGUGUGAUUUUGUGGGCCAAAGUCACCAGGUGUUCCAUGUUUUGCUCUCUUGCUGCACCUUCUGUCAGAUCCACGCCUCCUACUUGGACUAUGUGCACCGCAGGCAACUUUAUUUACGUCUGCAUGAGAGUGGCGAUGCUGCUCUCUUUGUGGGAUUGUAUGUGUUCACACUGGUUGGAUGUGCACUGAUCACUGCCUUCAUGCUGAAGAAAGUUAAACAUGUUCUCGACUUCAAGAUGAAGUUAAAAUAAAGAAGUAGCCAGCUUGGGAUCGUAGUGCCUUUCCUAACAGAAAACAACAUAUCUGGAGGGAUUUUCUUGUACUAAUAAACUGGACUAGGAUGUUGUUUUGUGUGUACAUUUCUAUUGUGAUUCCUUUAACUUAUUUCUGAAACAGUGAUAUUACUGCCUCAUUACAUCGCCACUGUACUGUACUGCUAUGACUAAACAUAGGAACUGUGUAGCUGCCAUUGUUGAGUUUUUAGCUUGUUUAAUGCUCUGAAGGAAUGGUCCUAUUUGGACAUAAUUUGGUGCACAUUCAGAAAAGCGAUGGGUGGCAUCACUAUCUAGUCACCAGCAAUCAAAACAGCAAUGGAAGGUCACCAAACACAGAGCAUGUAUCAUGGAACGAUUUGGGAGUGUUACAGGAUCAAAAUGGAGUCUAAUGGUCUUUUUCCACUAACACUUUCUCAGUGAGACUCAACUUGGCUCUACUAGGUUUUCCACUAGUAAUGGUUACGUGAUACCAACCCUUUUUUCAAUAGUUACUUUGCUGGGGAUGCUAAGCGUGUGGAGUCGUACUGAAAACACAUCAGAAGACUGUUGGCCUCUGAUUGAAAGGUGGCACACGCGAUCCGCACAAAACUUUAGGCAGGAGGCCAAGUCACAGGGGACGGGAACGAUGCAAUUGGUCCGCGCUCCUGGCUUCAACCCAAGUUCAGUGCAUCAACUGUAAACCUGUGUUAGCCUACAAUACACUGGGUGAAACUCUGGGGAGUCACUGGUUGUGUCACAAGAGUGAUUCCCUUCCAAUAAUCAGACCUGUCCCACAAUGCAACUGGGCGUAGUUUAAGGAACUUUAGGGAAAAUGGCAACAUUGAAAGCAGCACCAUAGAUCGUGAUUUAAGGUGCAGAUUGUUUUUCUGCUCGUGUUGUGUUGGUGUCACAUACAGAUGCUACUUUCAGACUUUAAUACUCAUUACUAAUGUCGAGUAGAUCCAAGCUGAGUCGAGUCAAGUCGUGCGUACCAGUGGAAAAGAUUUGAACAUAUGGUUGCAUAAUGCUGUUUGCAUGACUCGCCUAGUUUAAUCUCCUACCAUGAGCAGAUAAAGGAGGGACAAAUGUUAAUCAUACAAUGCAACCACAAACCCUGUAUGUGACUCCUUUAAGCCACCAUCAGUUUAUGUUCUUAACUGAUAUUCAAUGCAGCCUCUAUAGUGACCUUCAUAUUCUGUUUUUAAUGACUGAUGCUACUGUGCAACUGCCUGAUUACAUUUUGAUUCCAAUCAUGAUGCCGCCCACUCUGCCUCUGGAGCCUAUGGUGUUUGGACUGAAAUCAUUUAGAAACACACCACUGGUAUGCACACCAAAAUUAAGUCUUCAUAGUCUAAUCCAGUUGGGUCCUUAGUAUGUCCAGCAUAUCACAUGUAAAAGUUUUUUUGUUUUUUUUAACAAUAGGAGACACUAUAUUGUAGUUAAUAUGUUACAUUCAGGUCCUUAGUAUGUCCAGCAUAUCACAUGUAAAAGUUUUUAUUUUUUUUAACAAUAGGAGACACUAUAUUGUAGUUAAUAUAUUGGUCAGUUUAAAUAUAGCGUAUGAUCAAAUGAUAGCAGAGAUGCAACAUUCCUCUUGAAAAAGAUGAAGCUGUAAAUGUAAAUUGUUUUGCUGUGAGAAGUUAAUGCUCUGUUUUUUUUUUGUCGGUCUUAAUAAGGCAGCACUGAUUGAAUGUUGCUUUUAAAAAGGCAUUUUCCCUGUUUUCCACAAAACGUCAUCAGAUGAUGUGUGGUGCGCAGUCACUUGAAGCUGAAGCUUUAGGAUUUAAGCUCUCAUUGUUUCAUCGAUGUAGGUUUUAAAUCUCUGAAAUGGCACCUUAAAAUGUUUUCCACUGUCAAUCUGAGGUUCAUAUCCUGCUAUUUUUUGUGAGUGUUCGUACGCUGUUCUAUGAAGAUUACCAUUUCAUAUUAUUUAGAUGGAAUUUUCUUUCUGCCAACAUUGAAUGUAUUUGCCAUGGAGGGGAUGGUUGAGGCAUUUUGAAGUCAGAUCUGGUAAGAAGUUAAAAAGCUUAUAUCUUCAGUAGAUGCCUCUAUUGGUGUCCUCAUUUAGUAGAAGUUACAGUGGACCCCGGCGUAUUCACAGUUCAGAAGUCGCAGAUUUUUCCAUGGAACUCCAAAUUAUUAUGUUAGCUUCACCCUCCAGAAACAACUCAUCGUUAUCGACAGUAAAUCAAGACACCAGUUGCAUUCUGCAAAUUCCUCUACUAUCUCCUGUCGUGGUCAUGAGGGAUUUAUUGUAUUAUAAAAUAAACGUGCCUUUUUUUUUGUUAACAUAUUACAACCUGCAUAGUGUCUAAAGAGCUGUACUGUGCCUUUUGUAUUUUCUCUGUUUCCCUUGAGUGCUUAGUAAAACUCAGAUACACUGUU